AUGAUCGGGUCUCUCCUGUAUAAACCGAAGACGAGGUAUAUCAUAUCGCAUCAGGACCUCUUGAAAGAAGGUACCGGAUUAGUACAAGACGCCCAGUGCGGAAAGGGGAGAAGUGUGAAGGUCCAGGGUGGUGGAGACCUUUUCUUACACCCCGGGCCGCCUCUUGAGCUCCAGGGCUCUAGUUUUCUGUCACCUUGGUCGCCACCAGAACCCAGCAAGAAAGCAAUCAAGUUGAACACAUCACCGAACCCGUGGCAGUGA